GGCGCCAAAUACAGAACCAAAUAGCUAGUUAACAAACCGUAAAUUCAAAACGAGAGGCUUCUGUUUCCUGUUUUAUGACGCGAAAUGCUUUUGUCAACCGCGUAUGAUACUUUCGUCGCUAUUCCACACUAUUGCGUUUUUUGUCUUCACUUAGUUAUAUGGUUUAAGUAACAUAGAUGUUAUGGAAGAGGUGCGUAUAGCUGCCAACUUUGUUAUCCAUGCUCCCCCUGGAGAGUUCAACGAAGUCUUCAAUGAUGUGCGGCUUCUGCUCAACAAUGACAAUCUCCUCAGGGAAGGAGCAGCUCAUGCCUUUGCCCAGUAUAACAUGGAUCAGUUCACCCUUGCCAAAAUAGAAGGGUAUGAUGACCAGGUCUUGAUCACGGAGCACGGUGACCUGGGUCAGGGCCGCUUCUUUGACCCGCGCCACCGGGUGUCCUUCCGCUUCGACCACCUGCGCAAGGAGGCCAGCGACCCGCAGCCCCACGAGGGUGAGGCGGCGCUACGCUCGUGGAGGGAGGCCUGCGACACCGCCCUCCAGGCCUACGUCAAGGAGCACUACCCCACCGGCGUGUGCACGGUCUAUGGGAAGACAAUUGAUGGGCAGCAAACCAUCAUUGCCUGCAUUGAAGGUCACCAGUUUCAGCCCAAGAACUUCUGGAAUGGACGCUGUAGAUCAGAGUGGAAGUUCAGCAUCAGCCAGUCCCAGUCUCAGGUGGUGGGAGUGCUGAAGAUCCAGGUGCAUUAUUACGAGGAUGGCAACGUCCAGCUGGUUAGCCAUAAGGAUGUGCAGGAGGCCCUGACAGUGUCUAAUGAAACCCAGACAGCAAAGGACUUUGUGAAGAUCAUUGAAAGUGCAGAAAAUGAGUAUCAGACGGCGAUCAGUGAAAACUACCAGACCAUGUCGGACACCACGUUCAAAGCCCUACGCCGGCAGCUUCCUGUAACUCGUACCAAGAUCGACUGGAACAAGAUCCUCAGUUACAAGAUUGGCAAGGAGAUGCAGAGCGCCUAGACGUGCAGUCCGCUUACUGCGAACGCGUGCAAAGACGAAAAGAAACUAAUUAAUGGGGCAGAAUACAUGGUGUGCUCUCACAGAAUGUGUCUAGCGCGUUCAUGUUUCAUUGGUUCAAAGGCGCCAAGGUUUGGGAUUUAUUUUUGUUUUGAAAAGGGGAACGAUUUUGCCUUCCUCAGCCUACUGUAAAGUGGUUUGUUACUUUGAUGGAAUGAACAGUGACCUAUUGGCAAAUCUGUGAUUUCUUCUUGCAUAUUGAACAAAGCCCUCUAGUGAUACUGGUAAUGCCCCUAUAGUCCAUGUUUUUGUGCCACCAGUUUAAGCCUGUGUUCCCUAGACUGUAGAACCUGUAAUUUCUCCAUAAGCAGCACUCUUAACAGCUCUAAGCAUGUUGCACUAAAGUCUAUACAAACUGUUUACCUUAACUUCACUGUCCACUCUCCCGCCACUAAAAGACUAACUUUAAAAAACCCCACUAAAAAUGGAAAAAUUCUUUCUUAUAGUUACUGUCCCAAUGAGUUUUCUAUGUUUUGUUUAUAUGUGUUUAUAUGAACACAUAUGACUUUCAUUUUUUUAUGUCUUAAAGAACUGUACCCUUACAGACUGUAUGCUGUGCUUUGGUCGAUACCUCCUGUUCACAAUCCGCAUCUAUGCCAACAGCCAAUAGGUUGAGAGAAGGACAAGUGCUUCAUCUAGGCACCUUCAGACCAGUGCACCUGAUGACUGCGAGCUAUGUCAUGAUGUUAGCCUGCUGACCCCCUCUGGCAUACAGUAGACAUUACAUAUAAUGAUUAGGAAAAGUCAGUCUCUGUUAUGCCAUUUUUGCCUCAUGUCCUUAGUUUUUAAUUGCUAUUUUUUACAAAAAUGAAAGAACAAACAUGUAUAAUUCAAAAGGAAUAAAGGAUUUGCACCAAAAUAUGAUUUAACAACUUUUUUUCCCAAUAUGUCAACUUUAGUUGUGUUCUGAAGAUUAAGCACCUCACUUUUCUUAUUCAAACAAAAUUAAUUGAGUGGGGAUGAGUGCAACUGAUUUCUUCCUGUUUCCUGUUUGUUUUGAGCUUUGUGUUUGCUUUGAUGGAAAUCACAGAGAAAUCAUUAUUGUAUUUUGAUGGUAUGUUAUGUGGAUUCAAAUCUUCCAUGGAUUUUUUUUUAUGGAACCUUUGGAUGGGACUGUGUGCAGUAUCAGUAUGCAACAUUGUAGAAGAAAUCAGAAUUUAUAUUUUCUCUGCUUGCUUGUUCACUCAUUUAUUAGUAAUUAACUAUUAAGGCUUGAUAUAAUUAAAAGAGAAAGCUUCGGAGCUCUUGAUUGCUUUGUGUAUUUACACAAUACCCAUUCUGUCCAUCCAUUUAAUAAAGAGAUUCACUCUUUAAAAUUGCUUUGAGCUAGAGCAAAUCUGGCUUUAAUGAAGAUUUUUUUUUUUUUUAAAUAUUGCAACAAUCAAUUGCGAUCUGUUAGUAUGUUUGUCCUGGAACUAAUAUCUAAAAAAUACACUGCUAGUUUUUUUUGACACUCAUACUCUUGUUUGUAUUCACAGUGGCUGGGGCAAUGUCUAUUUACAACCAUGUCAUUCUUAAAUUAUUACCAGCUAUAUGGUUUAUGGGUGUCAUUGUAUUUCUUUGGAUCUUUGGAGAAAUGUAGUUAUUGUUUGAAGGCCUCAGUUGUUUAGAUUUUUGUUUUGACUGUCUGAAAAAAGCAGGAAGACCAAAAUGUUUUCUCUGAAGGUUAGGUUGAAACUAAGCUAAGCACAAAAAAAAACUGCUUCAUUAAAUGCCAAGUCAAUAAUUUGGAGCCUUUAAUUCCAGCUAAAAAUGUUUCAGUGCACAUCUGUUUCUAUUAUUAUUCAUUCAGCACAUGGGUACAGAUGAUAUUUUAUUCUAUGUUCACAGAUGAGUGAAUCUCAAAGAACUGAAGAAAUGCACCCAUUUCAUUAUUAGUACUGAACACAAUCUAAUCAAAGAAAAGGAAUGAGUCCUACCUUCCAAGGAUAUAUCUCAUUGUACCAAAUACAUACAAUGACCCCUAAUCCUCCGUCACCUUCUGAAACUAUGGUUGCUUGCUUUUACAUAAUAUGGUCAAAAUGCUGAUUUCUUCAUCUGGGUGUGUCUCUAGUGGCUGCCUUCCACAGGUAUGUCAUGACUAAUUCAAGCUGCUAUUCUCAAGUUAUCCAACUUGGAGCAUGCUGGCAAAAGAUACUUUUAUCUUAAUGUACAUGAGGAAAUGACCUUUUUAAUAUGAUACCUACUAAAUACUCCAUGUUAAUGUAGCCAUCACCUCUGUGAAAAUAUUGCUCUUCCUGAUGUGUACUAUACCAGCCUACAGUAGAAAAAGGAAGUAAACCCAAGCGUUUAA